GAUAAUUAAAGGGACUGGUGCGCAUGCCCAUCAUCGGGCUUCCCCGCCGACUGGGCGGGGCGGUGUCAGGACGUCACCCAAUGGCGCUGCUCGAUGUUGUUGGGUGCGGACGCGCUUUGUGUUGCCAUUGACGCGAAGAUGGAGGGUGCAGUUGGUGAGGAAGGUGGAGCGGAUGAAAGCAAUUUGACACCUUGCAGAAUUUGUGGAAGAACUUUCUUGGCAGCAACACGGUUAAAGCAUGAACCCAUCUGUCAAAGAAAUGCUAACAAGAAAAGGAAGACCUUUGACUCCAGUAGACAGAGAGCUGAAGGAACUGAUAUCCCCACCCUAAAGCCUUUAAAGCCCAGGCCUGAACCUCAAAAAAAACCCUCAAAUUGGAGACAAAAACAUGAAAACUUUAUUGCUACCAUCAGAGCAGCCAAAAAGGCUACUCAAAUAAUGAAGGAAGGGGGUACUCCACCACCCCCACCGCCACCUUUAUACGAUCCAGAUUAUGUCCAGUGCCCUUAUUGCCAGAGAAGAUUUAAUGAGAAUGCUGCUGAAAGACACAUUUCUUUCUGCAAGGAACAGGCUGCGCGUAUGACUAAGCCCAAGCAUGCUGGUGUCAAAGGGAAGCAAAGCUCUCCAACACAGUACAAAUCUCCAGUGCUUAAGAAGACUAACUCUCCAGUAUCAACACCUAAUGCAUUGACACGGAUUCCCCAACCUUCUCUUGGAAAAACUGUAACAGGGUUUUCUACUGCCAAAAGUAACUUGCCGUCAACCAACGAAAAUAAGCUUCGAGAUGGGUCACCAGUAAAACGGAUUCCCUCUGGUGCUGGUAAUGUUUCUGGAGCAGGAAGUCAACCCAUUGGUAAUAUCAGGUCUCGAACACUAACACCACCCGGUGGAACUAGGAAUGCUGCUGCAACAGGCUCAGUAAAUAGAAAGACCCUCAAUGCUGAGAAUUAUGUAAGGAACAAUGUGAAAUAUGUUUUGGACACCAGGGACAGUUCCUUGACCUCCAAUGAUGGGAACAUAAAAGGGAACAUCAGAAGUUCACCUGGUCAACAACUGCCAAGAUUUUGUCAUCAAUGUGGAACCAAGUAUCCUGUGGAAGGUGCAAAGUUCUGUUGUGAAUGUGGAAUGAGAAGGGUGAUGCUUUGAUCAUAUAAUUUGAAUAUUUUCCAAGAAAAAUAUGUUAAUACAAUUUUCAGAGUUCAUAAAUGAGCAUUGCACUGUUCAAUAUUAUUGAAAUUUAUCCAAAAUCAAAAUGUAUCAUUAAAGAGAAAUUACAAUAAUUAAAACAAUAGCGCAAUCUUUGAAUUGUAUGCAGUGCAAUAUAAGCAAUUGUGAAAUUGUUACAUUGUUUGUAUAAAAUUGCUAAUCACAUUAUACUGGAGUGUUCUUUUUCCAGUUGACUGAAAUACAUUGACUGAAAUAUUGUACAUUAGUAAAAAUAGUCUCUGCAUAACAAAGAAAUUUCCUCUAGUUAUCAGGUAAAAGUAAAACUCAACAUCCUUUGGUAAUUUAAUAGAGUACAAUGAAAUGUAACAGUUUAAUUGGAAAUUUUAUUCCCGGUAAUUAUGUUGCAGCUCAGCAGUGAUCAGUUGUCCAAAUAUAAUAGCAAAUUAUCAUUUACUGAGUACAGAGUAAACUUGGUAAUGUAAAUAAUACAUUGCUCAGCAAAUUAUAAAGAUGGAAUGCAUCAAAUUAAUGAAGUAAAUUCUGUCUGCAAAAAAUAUGAAUAGGACAAAUAUUUAAAGAUCAAAGCAUUCACUUUACCUCGUACGUUCAUUUGAUCAAUUUAGUUUACACAUGUCACUUUGUCACAAAUUAUGCUGAAUAUUUGUAUGGCUGCUGCAAAUUAUACAAAUACAACACCAGUAUCGAGCUAUAACAUUAUAAAUGUCUAUAACUGGCCUUUUUGUCAUCUGGCAAAGUAUAAUUUAACUACUGACACUGAAAAUGUAACUCUGCAUGGUAUUAUGGUGUGAAAGUUAAAUAUAUCUAUCUGAAGGUAUUGUAACAACACAGGAUUAGGACUUAAUGGUCUCAAAGAAAAAAACAAACUUUAUGCAGGUACAGGUUCUAUACUGGUAAAACCAUACGUAUUUGGAUAUUGUGCUGAAUCACAUUUCUCUUGUAAUCUUAUCUGAAGUGUUGGAAAUUGCAGUUUAGUUUAUCCAUGUGACUGACCGAUGUUUCAUGUGAAUGAUUUUAUGUUUCUAAAUGCCAAAAGGUAAACCCAGUGAUAUUGAAAUGUUAAAGCACUCAGCUCUGUGGAUUUUUUUUGAAUAAAAUAGGUCCUAAAAAUUGUCCAGCAGCUCUUAAAUACAGAAGGAAGACAAUGUAGAUCUUUACUUUUGUUAUCUCAGUAUCAUGAAGGUUCAUCUGUAACAAAGAAGGAACAUUUUUAUUUUUGUUUAGAAACUCUACAAAUAUUUAUUUAGGAUUCCAGCUUUGAUCUGAUGCACUAUUGCUUAUGAAUCAGAAAGUUGUGGGGCAGACAUUGCUCCCAAGACAUGAGAAUGUAACUGAGGCUGGCAUUCAAUGCAACACUGGGUGCAGCACUCAGUGGUGCUGACUUUUACAUGAAACACGAAAUCAAGGACGUGUUAACCCUCUCAGGUGAAAUUAAAAGAUCCCAUGCCACCAUUUGAAAGUCAGUAGUGUUCACCUUGAGUCCUAGCCAAUGUUUAUCCCUCAAUCAAUGUCAUGAUUUUUUUUAAACUGAUUAUCUGGUCACUGUAUGCCAUGUUUCUUUACAUUAGAACACUGACUCCAUUUCAAAUGUAUUUUUUGAUGUGAGCAUAUCUCAAGGUUGUCGAAGGUAUGGCAAAAAAUUUAUUGCCCUUAAUAUAAAAGGGUGUUAGGUAAUUGUAAAAGUAACUUGAUAAUGCGUUACAUCAUCACAAAUCUGUCAGUAAAUACAUUAAAUAGCAUUGAAGUUACUCAAUAGAACAAUUCUAUAAGAAAACUUCAUUUAUUUUAAUGAAAUUCCUUAUACUAAUUAAUUUAACUUUAUUUAUUAAAAGAGCAGAAGAAGGCAUUGUCCUUUUUGUACACUGGUAUCAUGCAAGAGGGGACAGAGUUUACAUGAGGAAAAAUAAGUUGUUUGCAUCAGGUUACCAGUCAUUUAUUAAAAAUGGAAAUGAAACAUCAUGUACAGACAGAGCUGUAAUCAUUGCUGGUCCUACUUGCCUCCAACUCACAUUGUGCUUGUUCACUUGUAAGAAGCACAGUACUGAGAAAAAGCCUGAAUUUAGAAGCUAUUUGGGGAUUUUGGAACAAGUCCCUGGAGAUGUUCAUGAAUCUAUACAAGGCACUAUGUAAUGUCUAGAUACUUAGUAACUGGAGAUAGUGCUUUCUUUUUUUAAAAAAAAAUAGGGCUGCCAGUCUGCCUACUUCAUAGGGUCUGAAACGAGCUGACACAAUGGGGAUGUUUGCUCUGACUAGAAGGGUGUUCAGAAGCAUUACAUACAAUAUCCAGUAUAAGAAAAGGCCAUUUAACCCAACUAAUAUGUUAUAGAAUUAUACAGCAUGGAAACAGGCCUUUUGGCCCAAAUGGUCCAUACUGACCAAGUUGCCUACCUGAGCAUUUGCCUACAUUUGGCCCAUAUCCCUUUAAGUCUUUCCUAUCUAAAUGUCUUUUAAGCACUAUAAUUGUACCCACCCCUACCACUUCCUCUGACAGCUCGUUCCAUAUACCACCACCCUCUGUGCGAAAAUGUUUCCCCUCACAUCGCUUUAACUCUUUCCCAUCUCACCUUAAACCUAUGCCCUUAAGUUUAAGACUCCUCUACCCUAGGAAAAAGACUGUGCCCCUCAUGAUUUUAUAUACCUCUCAGCCUUCUACACUGAUGUUCAUACCCAGUUAUGUUCAUUCUCCAUUCAAGUAUCUUCCAUUCCAUUUAUCUCACGUCAGCUUUUCAGGAUAUCUGUAUGUUCCUGAUUCUCACGUGUAUUCACUUAGUUUCAUUUUGAAAGUGCCUCAACCAUUUGCUGAGAGGGAAUUUCAAAUUCUUUGCAUUCUCUGAGUAAAGGAAUCUUCUAUUAGAUUAAUCAGCAGUAUUUAUGCUCCACUUGUGGAAGACUCUAAAAUUAAAAACAUUUUCCAUUUCUCCCAGUCUAACCACCUAAUAAUGUUAAAGUGACCUUUACAAUUCCUUGGAGACCAGACAUAAGUGUGGUCUGACCAGCAUAAGCCGUAAGUUCAACUAUUAGCAUUUUCAAUUUCUUGCAAAUCUCUGACACUGCCUUUAUUGAUCUGUUCACAUAUUCCUUUGAUCCUCCAUCCCUUUCAGUUUCUCUUUUAAAGGUGUGGGUGAUGUUUCUGUUUUUCCUAUCAAGCAGCCUCUUAUAAUGGUUACAGUUUAAAAGUCAUCUAGCUGUCUAGUCUGCACGUUUCAUAAUGUUGCCUUGUAUGCUUUUGCAUUCUUCUUCAGUCUUGUCUAUAACUUCUUAUUUGGUACCUUCCUCAAAGGUUACUGAUUACAAAGGUCAAAUCAUUAAUGAAAAUUGUGAAUAACUGUGCUGCUAGCACUGAUCCCUGUAGAAUACCACUCACAACCUUUCUGUUCUAAACAGGCAUGCUUUACCUCUGCUCACUGUUUUAGCCAGUUUACCAAUGAUUCAGCUGUUUGUCUCUUAAAUCAGUAUGCCUUAACCUGUGUCACAAGCUUACCAUGAAGAACCUUAUCAAAAACCUUCUGAAGAUCCAAGCACAUGACAUUUUUCAUUCUUCUUGCUUUUCUGCAAUCUAUGCUGAUUUUUUUUAAUGUACUUUGUUUCUAAAUAUUCUACUUUUAUUUUGGUAUAAUUUCUAUUAUCUUUAACUGAUGUUAAGCUAAGGACUGUAACUCCUAGGUUUUAUUCCAAAUCCAUUUUUAUAUGUGGAGCUUUAUCAGCUGUCCUCCAGUCCUGGCACUCACUUUAAUGGAACUAUUCUUUGGUAUUAUUACAUUGUAUGUACACACCAUCUCUUAAAAUUUCGAUUUGAUAAACAACUUACUUUUUUUCAUGUUGAAGAAGUUUAAGGAAAUUGAUAAAUUUGGCCCCAGUACAUGUUUGAGUUUGCCACAACGUAUGAACCUGGUUCUCUAGGUUCAAAGGAAGGCACAUAUAAUUGUAAUUAAAUGUAAUUUCUUUUUUCAGAUGGUAAUGAGCAAUGGAAUGAGCUGUUAUAGGGGCAGUAGAGACAAUGGGAUGAAUUUGUUAAGCCUAUUAUUAUCUUUAUCAAAUUCAUUUUGCCCUUCAUCUUUGCUACCUAUGUGUAAUCUCUGCUAUAUUAUCUUCUUGACAUGCCCAGUGUAACAUCAGCUUUAUGCUGAUUGUUGUUGUACCUGAUUGCUGCAACUCGCACAUGACUGAGUGUGUAACUCAGUCUCUUCAUGAUAUCUUUUACUAAGACACUCCUCGGGUUUGCUUUUUGAACCUCCACUUUGCACAUCAGUUCCCUGAGCUGGAAAACUUAGUGUUAUAUGCAGCAAUGUAACUCAUUAUUUUCUGCUUGCAUAUAUAAAUUGCUUUCCUGUAUUAAUGUUGAUGGAAUAAAUAUACUGGAAAUACUCAGAAGGUCAAACAACAUUUGUGAAGAAAGAAACAACAUUUUAGGUCAAUGAUUAAACUUCAUGAAAGGUCAUCAGCUUGAAACAUUAACACCAUCGCUCUCCACAGAUGCUACCUAACAUGCUGAGUAUAUCCAACAUUUUCUGCUUUGUUCUCAGAUUUCUCAUAUCUGUGGCAUUCUGCUUUUGUGCAAAGUUUGGUAGGAUUAAGUAAACCAGCAUGAUGUGAUAAAUGCAGCUCUGUACAGAAGAUGUGAAUAUGUGUUUGAAGAAGAAGGGAAAUGCAUAAUAUUUUAAAAUGAGUAGAGUAGCAAAGAGACCUGUUAUGCAGGUGUACAGGGUUAUUAAGUAUAAUAGCAUAUGCUUGAAAUGGCACAGGGACCCUUAGUUUGUGCACUGGUAUCUUGCAUAUAAUGUUUAGAAUUAAGCUGCUAAUUAAACACUUAAAAGAGGUUGUAUGCUGUGCUAUAUCGGCCAAACAAUAUCACUGCUUAUUUUACAUUGGGCUCUCUGCACUAUAAUGGAUCAUUGCUCUGUGGGUUAACACUAAGUGGGAUACUACUGUUUAUGGAGCUACAAAGUUUUUUUAAGAAAGAGGCAUUAUUUAAAUUGUUCAAGACCUUGGAUUGCAGUUGUAAUAGAGAUGUGAGAUUAGAAAUAUAUAAGAAAAAUUAAGGAUAUUGUCUUUUACUGUAGUGGAUGAUCUGAUUUUUUUGUAAAUUAUGAAGGGUGAUAAUUAUUUUAUGUGAUUGUUUCCAAUUGUCAGCAUAAUAAUUGAGAGUGUAGGUUUAAAAAAUCACAGGAGAAGAUAAAAUUAAUCUAAUUGCAAAGAAUUUUAAAUUCUCUGUACAACCCACAAUUGAAAUACAGCCUAUACAUUCUUUUAAGAUUAUUGAUACUUGGAAAGAAGUAAUGAAAGACAUAGACAAAGUGUAACAGAUGAGACCACUUAAGAAAAAUUCUUCUGCAGUUAGUGGUUCUGCAAUUUUUUUUAUUUAACCAUCAGGCACAUCUUUAUUCUUAUGGUAUACAUGUACUUGAUACUUCUGAUACUUGAGACUACACAAUUAGUAAUACAAGUUGGGUAUCAUGUAAUUAGAUGCAGGAUUAAGCUCCAAUUACCUUAGCACCAGAAGAACAUUCUCUGUUGCAUCGAGGUGACGUUUAUGCUGAGCAGGAUUUGAAGAAAAAUCAUAAAACCAAUUUUUGCAUUGAACCUUGAGAGUGAACACACAAUGCUGAUAGUCAAGUAUGCCAUGCUGCCUCAACUGCAGCUAUUUAUAAUUAUUUUUUCUAGACAAUUAUAACUGUACUUUUAAAGAGCCUGAAUACAUUAUUACUGAAUUUGAGCAACUCUUUGAGAUCAAUGGUACUGAUUUAAGAUUUUUUAAGCUUAAGAAAAAUUAUAGGCCAUUAAAGUCAAUGUCACUGGAGUGUCAUUGUUUAGUGCAGGGUGUUGAAUUGUUUUUGUUUUGGAAGUGCGCCUCAAGCAGAGCUGGGAGCGGUUCCAAGGUGUCAGCCUAGUUGAAGAUAAAAGAAAUUAACUGAACUACAGUCAGAAAAAGUCUCUGGAGUCGGGUCUGGCAUUAAAGGACAGUGGACAGGAAUGUAACAAAUAAGAAGUGUUAGUUAUGUGCAGCCAGAAGGAAUUGGUGCCCAUAGAUCCAAAGCAUAAAAUACUUCUUAAAAAAAAUAUGAAUUGUGUAAAUCUAUAGGCAACCAAGCUUAAAUGGUGUCUGAAUUGAAGGGGAGUAGGUACAGAAAAGUACAGUGAUUAAAGGGAGCUAUGCUUUUAAAGAAGAAAAGGACUCCUGGAAUACUGGAUCCAAUAAACCAGAUACCCAACGUAACAGCAGCUAUUACUUGUUCAAAGUUUAGUGACUGAUGGAAAAUGCAUGUCCAAUCGGCAGAAAACAAAGGCACAAAUUACUUUUAGAUUUAAAGUUCAUGCCCUAUAGCGGUCUUAAAAUUAAACUUGGACCUCUUACUGGUGUGCCACCUACUGGUGCAUAAAACAAACUGCUGGAGGACCUCAGGAGGUCAGGCAGCAUCUGUGGAGGGAAAUGGAUAGUUUCUGAAUUGUUUUUGAAGAAAAUUUAUUUAGAUAACAAUUGUCCCAAGUCAUUUCUGGAUGAGGGCAGUGUGUACCUCGAGUUGGGCUUUAUUUGCUUGUUCCAUAUCUCUGCUCCACACCACCUCACACUCCCAACUUCACAACAUAUAUUUUAUAAUGUAGAGAAAUGUAUUAGAACUCUCAACAAUAUUUGGGUUUAGGAGGAGGCUUUUUCCUGUGUUUUUGUGUCUCUGGUGCCUUAAAUUGAGGUGUCACAUAUUACAUUUAUUGCUCAUUAUCAGCCUGUAUUUUGGCACUUGCCACUUUACUCAAAAGCAAAUAAAUGGAUUAUGGAGAUUAUUUCAAACGUGUUUAGGGAAUUUUGUGCCCAUCAUCUUUAUUGAUUUGUAAUGAUUUACAUUUGGUCUCAAAUGUCACAACAAAUAUCAAAGGGUUAACCUUUUGAAUAAUUAUCCCAUGUAUAUUCACCAGUACCUUGUUUGCAGUAAACUUUUGAGGUAAUGUAUGUAUCUGUUUCAUGUGAUCAGUUUUAUUCUAAUGUGAUACAUUUUGUUGUAAAGUAGAACUUUUGUAAUAUAAUUUAAUCUAAAAUGGGAGUUUCAUAACCUAGUAUAAUGUGAAAAUUAUAGUAAGAAUUAGAAGACAGGAAACAGAAGCAUUGUAAUUAGUGUUUUAACAGCAAGCCUUAUGUUAGUGGAAAAUGUUGGAAAUGUGUUUUUAUCUUUAAAUAUACUUUCACUCUUCAACCAAUGUUGUGACCUUAUUUUUUUAUAUAGUAGUCCUGCUCAUUGUUCUAUUCUUGCAAGAAUUCUGCUGAAUUUUUAUGUUUAAUUUAUAAACCUUAAACUUUGUUCCAUAACCAUUACAUGAAUUAAUUCUGUUUUUUAGACCAGUUAUACAUAUUUUUCAUUGGAAUUGCAUUUUAAAAAUGUAGUAUUCCCAAAUUAAUUGUACAACAUGCAUUUUAAUUUCUGUAAAUAUUUCUGUCCAUUUAAA